AUGAAGUUCAUCGCAGUGCUUUCGUCUCUCAUCGCUCUUUCUUCCGCGAAGCUGUAUUCGGCGUCGGAGCGUUAUGUGGGCAAUACCUUCUACGAUGCCUUUGAGUUCCAGGCUGUCUCUGAUCCUACGCAUGGGCGCGUGAACUACGUCGACAUGUGGACCGCUCAAGGGAGAAACCUCACCUUCACCACUGAUGAUACCUUCAUCUUGCGUACGGACUGCUGGAGUACUCUCAGCCCAAGCGGCCCUGGUCGUGAUUCGGUCCGUAUCCAGUCGAAGAACCUCUACAAGAACCAUCUAGCUGUCUUCAACGUGCGCCACAUGCCUCAAGGCUGCGGCACCUGGCCUGCGAUCUGGUACGCGGACGUCGACAACUGGCCUGGUGCUGGAGAGAUCGACGUGUUGGAAGGCGUCAACAACGUCACGCCAGAUGCUUCGACCCUUCACACUACUGCUGGUUGCACCAUGCCCGAUAACCGGGGUAUGUUCGGGUCGCCCACGCAGUCCGAUUGCAAUCACGACGUCAACGGCAAUGCUGGCUGUGGCGUCCGCAUGAACAAUGGGAACUCUUUUGGGCCGAACUUCAAUGCGGUUGGCGGCGGAUGGUUCGUCAUGGAGCGUACGGACGACGCCAUCCGAGUUUGGUUCUGGGAACGCAACGAUCCCAAUGUACCGGCCAGCAUCAAGAAUCGCCAGGACUCAUUGCUGUCUGAGGAACUGGCUGAGCCCCAAGCCCUCUUCCCCAACACGAACUGCGACUUCAACAGCCAUUUUGGUCCUCUUCGUAUCAUCAUCAACCUCACGAUUUGUGGUGACUGGGCUGGCUCUACGUUUAACAACGAUGGUUGCUCGGGAAGUUGCGUAGACCUCGCCAACAACAACCCAAGUGCCUUCGGCGAAGCGUACUUCGACAUAGCCAACAUCGAUCUCUACACGUGA